CUGAGCCUAAUAUUUAUAUGUAUCAAAAUUUCUGCAGGCUGUGUUCGUAUCCUCAGCACCUCACCCUUCAACUGGUGGAGAGAUGUAGAAUAAGAAAGCUGCAACUGCUGGCUCACCAGUACAUGAUCCCAGCCAAGGUUGAAUUUCAUGUUGGUGACAGCCUGCCUGAAGCCGGCCCUCCAGGCUUCCCUGGACAGUUUCACAGACUUGGGUAUGUGUCUUUAUCGGAUAACGAGAAGACGGGCUUCAAAGCCCGGGAGCUGAAGUCGGUCCACGUUGAUGCCGUCGGAACAUAUCUGAGAAUAACCCUCCACAGGAACCAUGCCAACCGUUACAAUCGCUACAAUCAGGUUGCACUGGUCGCCAUUAACGUUCUGGGAGAUCCUUUGGAUAGUAUCACACGUAACACAGGGCCCCAGCCAAGCAGAGACCAGCUGAUUGAACUGUCCAUCAACAGUACCCAGCAGGAAGCUGCCCUGGACACGACUUUCAUGGGCAAAUGUUUAUCAAUCUCCCAAUUUGAUGAUUUGGCCUUCGACAUGUACCAGGACCCGGAGGUCGCUCACAUCAUUCGUCUCUUGGACCAAAAGAAGCAAGCCGUUGUUCGACAGGAGAACUUUGAGGAGGCCAAGAAGUUGAAGCAAGCCAUCGCAGACCUUCAGAAGGUUGGAGAGCGUUUGGCUCGAUAUGAUGUGGAGAAGAAAUGUGCGAUUGAAAAGGAGAACUAUGACCUGGCCAAGACGAAGAAGGAGCUCAUGGACGAGUACAGGAAGAGCGUCUACCAACAGCUGGAAGUUCACAACCUGCUGGACAUGACAAUGAUCACCAAGACCUCAAAUUUGACCUCGGCUCAUCGUCCUCCACCUCCUCUGCCUUCUCCUGCUGAUGGUUCAGCCCCCACCAAUCCCCUGUUGUCCACAGAUGACAUUAAGGAUGGGAAGAAACUAAGUGCUCAUAAUCAGCAAACAGCCACACAGACUGUUGUACCCACACCUACCAGUCAGCCCGACAAGUUUGUCACCCCUGCUUCCCUCCCCACCGUUAACGUCACCGGCAUGCCUUAUGAUGAGAGGCCCCUGCCGGCACUUCAGCAAAAAGAUAGGGCAGUGGAAAGCAUCCAGGUGCCAUCAGCAGGGAACUCCCCUAAAUCUGACAUGUUGAGGUCUCCACGUGGUCCUGACCUGAGUGGAGAGCCAGAGCCCCUGACGGAGAAGGCUCUGAGAGAGGCCGGCCUUCCUGUUGAGGCCUUUGGAGAGAGCCUGGUGGCUAGUGCAUAUUCUAAGACCUGGUGCUACAGAGAAGACGCGCUGCUUACUGUGCACAACAAACUUCUGGAAGUAAGCGCCGCAGCGCCCAAAGAAGAGCUGAGAAACAUGAUCAGAGCGGCAGUCUUUCUGGUUAAGAAGGCCCUUCUGGAUAAAGUUUCAUCUGUUUUUCACGCCUCGCUGAAGCUGCUCCGGUUGAUGCUGAGCCAGCUGAUCCCAGCUCUGGGCCUCGGCCGGGUUGAGGUGACCCACUGCUUGGAGCAGACCUUACCUAAUUUGCUGACGAGGACAGGAGACUCCCCUAACCGUCUACGGGCGGCUGCCAUCGCCCUCAUACUGGAGAUUGCUGUCUUGAAGGAUGUCCGAGCCCUACAGCUCAUCCCCAGUGAAUUAGUGAAGCCUUUCAAAUCCAACUUCCCCCCUCGUCUGGCUCAGAGUCGGGCCGAACUGCUCCAGAAACUUCUUGUGGAACUGGGCAUAGACAACUCUGGCUUCACCCUGGAAAAUGUCAUCACGUUUUGUACAGCUGCUUUGGAGCACAGUGCCAAAGGGGUUCGAGAGCUGGCAGUAAGCAUCAUCUUAUCCCUGUAUGAGCAGCACAGAGGAGCGGUUCUCAGCUACCUUCCGCCUAACGAUGCUUCCGCACAGAAGAACUUUCUCUACAAAACCCUGUUUGAUGGAUUCGGGAGGAUUGAUGGAAAAAUUGCGGCACCUCAGGCUUUGAAAAAAGGUGUCAGACAGCAGCCUGGACAAAAGGAGAAGAAAGAAAUUCACUUCCUUCAAAAGCAGCUGGCCGCCCUGAAAGACAUCACAGAAAGGGAGAGCGAAAGCACCACAGACCAAACAUCCAAUCAAGAGCAGGACAAAGUUGACAAACAGACCCCAAAAGGUGUCACAAAAGGGCCCCAGAGCCAGACAGCUGACUGCGUAGACGUACAGGAAUCCAUCGAGUAUCUGGAUAACAUGUGCAUUUUCUGUGGCAAAAAAGAUGAAUCGUUUACAGAAGAUGGAUUGGACCUUCACUACUGGAAACAGUGUCUGAUGCUGCAGCGCUGCGAUGAGUGUAAACAGGUAGUUGAGAUAGCCAGUCUUACAGAACACCUGCUGCGGGAAUGUGAAAACCGGUCCAAGUUCAGCCUGUGUCCACGCUGCUCAGAGGCCGUGCCCACUGACGACCUCACUGGUCACGUUCAGGGCUCAACCUGUAACCGUACAGUCUCCGCCUCCAACCACUGUCCUUUGUGUCACAACAACUUUCCACCUGGAGAGGAGGCCUGGAAGACUCACCUCAUGGGCAGAGAGGGCUGUAAGCAAAACUCACGCAGGACUGCGGUGUCCCAAAGAACCCAGCCAGCACAAGGUAGGGCUCCUGGGGGAACAAAGCAGUCGUUGUCGGUCAGAGCCGGAGCCAGAACCAGAACCGGGCCCGUGGGCAGAGGCAGCCGGAUCCCAUUCCUGACACCCAUGGCGAGGAGAAACGCUGCAGGAAAGCGCUGAAGCUGGUCGGUCACAAACUCCAUCGUCCAAAGAUGGUACAUAAUCAGAAGAAGCAACUCCCUCCCUGCCCUCUCAUUUGGGAGUUAUUGACAAAGGGCGUGCACUCAAGUAGGCGGAAACAAAACUGCAAUUCAUCAUUAAGGUGAUCUAGUUCAGCCCGUUGGGUUUGAAACAAAAGCUUAUUUUGUGUAAGAAUAUCAGCUGACUCACCGUCCUGUGCGCAGGUUAAACCUCUACCAGUAAACACCUGUGAGGCCAGUAAAUGUGAGCGCAUACACUGUGCGCUUGUAAAGUGAUACGCCCCUUCAAGGCUUCUCGUCUCUUGCAGUCUUAUUUCUGUCAAUGCUGUUUAAAGCCUUUUAUAUGUUGCUUAAAGUGAAAUCUUACCAUUCCUUACUGUGGAACUAUCAGUAAUUUUAAUCGUAAAGAUUAUAUUGGAAAAAUGAAGCCAUGUUGAGGGUAUGCUGAUGUAUAUUCCCAGCUGCUGGUUAAAAUUCAAAAGCUAUGUGAUGCAGCAUUUCCAGUUAUGCAGCCAGCUGCAUCUUUUCAGUCCAACUUCUCUGCUCAGUCACUGCCCACGUUUUGCACAAUGCAGGCACUCUGCUGGAAGCAAAGUUUCACCAAGCUGACACAACACUGAAUACAUCAGUCUGACAUCACCAGGGACAUGUCACGUCUGCUUACUGAAAUGCUCUGUGCGGAAACGUCUAGAUGCCCGUUACGGCAGAACGAGCCGUUCAUUUCUCUCUCUCCUUUAUUUAAAAAAAUUGAACUGCAUUAUGGAGCAAAUUUGUUUUGAUGCUGUGUAUCGCAUCAAGAUAAAACCAUAAAUUUACUCUUUUUUUUUUCUUUUUCUCACUACUCAUCAGCAAGCCAGAUAAAAACUCUUUUCUGUUUUAGGUCAAUAAAAUUACUUGACCUAAAACAAAUAAUCUUGUUUUAGGUUAAAACCUAAAAAACUUAGGUCAAGAUUUUGACCUAAUCUUGUUUUUUUUGUCUGGUUACAUAGCAGAAAAAUGAGAGGAUUCUUUUUUUUUUCUAUUAUUUUCUUCAUAUUUAAAAGCUUACAUACGUGGAGAUUGUCAUGCCUUUAAGCAAUUUUGGAAAGCCCAGGUGACAAUAAUGCCAUGUUUGCUUCUAGUUGAAGGCACAGCAGUGUAUGUAUUUUGACAAAACAAUAUAAAUGUUGCUACUUUCCUUGGGUGACAUCAUGGAAACAAUCUAAAGGAACCAGCCAAGAUAUCAGGAUUGUGGAUCAAAAUCCAGAUGUCUGAAAGCGUCACAUUCAUCUGUUGUAAGCAUUAUUCAGAAGUAUAAGCAACAAGGGAAGGUCCAAUCACCAUACAGAUUUAGAAGGACAUGGCUCCCAUGUGCCCAGAUAUUAACGUGUUUUGGUAAACAUGCGUAUCGACAAUCACACCCAAAGCAAAAGACCUUUGCGGAGAUGCUUGCUGAACCUGCUGAGAGAUUCUUUGUCCAGAGAGAAAUGACACCCGUACCAACAUGGGCCGAAAGGUCACAUACAAAGCAGAUUAAUUUCCUCCAAAAUCACCAUAAACAACCAGAUUACAGUUUGAAAAUGGACUCCGAGAAAAUAACGUUAGUCUCUGGAAACAUCGUUGCUGCUCAGAUCAAAAUGCAGUUGAAGCUUUUGGCUGUAGUGGAGAUUCUAGGAAAAAAAGGGGGAAGCUCACGUUUCUGAGAACACUGUCCCAAAUGUGAAGCACUUCACCAAAUAAAUGGCAUCAUGAGAAAUAUAGAAGCGGUAUUUUAUUCGAUCAACCAGGAAGUUCACGACUUUCCACAAAAGGGCCAACUGUUACAACUGUGGGGGAGAGUUGAAAAGGUGUGUGUGUGUGCGCGUAUGUGUGUGUGAGCAAAGCGACCUGCAAACCUUUAAACCAGCUCCAACACAAGAAUAUGUGAAAUCUCCAGAGCCUUGUUGGAAGGAGACAAAAUAUUUCAACUAAGUCAUGGAAACUAGAAGGGAAUUUUCAAAAGACUAAAGAAAUUAAUGUAAAUGUCAGAUUUUAAGAAAAGUAAAAAAAAAUAUUAUUUAAAAGUUCAAUUAGCAACAACAUUAAUUGAACCAGCAUGUCUGAAGCUUACAGAGCCACUGCAUCCUAGUCUGAGCUUUUGAAAAUUGUUCCACAGGUUUAUUUAUCUUGACUUUUGAAUUUAAAGGAAACAAAGAUCUCUCAUUUAGCAAGGUUAAAUGUAUUUAACUAAUACAAAUAGUAUUGCAAAUUUUGACUGAAACUCAAGUCUGAUUAAAUGUCAGACAGUGAGGGGGGGAAAAAAAAGUAUUGUUUUCAUGCUGCCUAUGUAAAUGCCUAUGUUUGAACUUCCGCUGAAUGCUAUCGUCUGCACAAAUCUAAACCUGUUUGUAAGUGUGUUAAAACAAGCAGAAGUAACAAGCUGCUGGCUGAAGUCUCUGUGGCAACAGCGCUGGCGGUCCUUUCUUCCUAAAGCCAUUGCAGAUCUGCCCAAGCUUUACUGCGGCCAUCAGUGAGCCGUCUGCCCUCACAUUCCCUGACAUUGUCUUUCUUGCACUGUACACAGGGAAUGAAGUAACGCCUUGCCAAAGGAAUUUUGUUACCAGUUAUUUUCCUGAAAUUUCCAAAUGACAAUCUUGCAAAUGAAUGUUCCGAACUAAAUCUUAGCUGUAGAGAAUAUUAAAUUUAAAAAUAAUGAAACAAAGGGAGAUUAUUGCACCAUGUAGAGUCGCACUACAAAGGUUAACAAGAGUAUUUAUUUAGUUAUUAUUUUAACGUGCAAAUGUCUUGACAGCACCAACUGAAACGCGUCAGAAAAAAUGUCGAAGUGGUUGGAAACUUGAUGUAAUCUUGAGCUCUGGCUUUUCUCACUUCAUGAAGCUGUUCAUACAGUGUCAAAGAUGGUUAACGACAGAGCUGCCACUGAUCAGCAGCUGUUUUAUAAGAUGCAGCAUAUUUAGUUUCUAACACUGCAUGCUUUUGUGUGGACUUUAAUAUGCUGUGACUUUAUAACGGUUUUUUAUGGCGCUUUCUGUGCACUGUACUCAGUAAUUCUUAUGACAUGUUUGCAUAAUAGCUAUUUUUCUAUGGAAAUGUGUUUGUGUGUAUGAAAUAAAGCUGAAUCACAAUGA